AUGCGCAAGCUCUCGUUGCGAAAAAACGCAUCGGAAGCCGCUAUCCGCUCACUUCCCGAAGGCGAUAAAUGGCACCACGACAUAAUGGCCUACCUCGGCGGCAUGAACACCGCACCCAUGCUUCUCGCGCUGCUCAGACUGUGGGCCAUCUGGAAGAAACCGCGGUUCCUGACGACAGGGACAGAGAAGGGUGACUUGCGGCUUGAUAUCCUCGCGCUUCUUGUACUUGGUUUGGCGAACUGCUCGCAGGCGUUCUUGAACUUUACCACUGCGCGGACGAACCGAAGGUGGAUUAUGGGGAAGGGGCUGGAUCGCAUCACGGUCCUUGAUGCGGUGUUUACGGUGCUGGAUUGGACGGCUGCUUUUGUGAGGAUUGGGAUGGUUUAG